AUGGCCAUCAUCCUGGACAUUCCUGCCAAAGAUGCCCAUCAUCCUGUGGCUGCUGCUGUCCGAGUGAAGCUGUGGGCCAACACCUUUGGCAGGAACCUAUACAGCAUGGUGUCCAGGUACUCCAGUGUCCCCUUAUUGCAGAAGAAGUACAAGGACGUGGAGCCCAGUCUGAAGAUCAAGGAGGUGGAUGGCUUGGAGCUAGUGAGGAAGUUCUCAGAGGACAUGGAGACCAUGCUGCAGAGGAAAGUGGAGGCUGUUAAGAGGCUGGUGGAGGCUGUCAAGGAAGCUGACCUGAAGCACAAAUUCAAUGCAUCUCUGGUGUUUGACUACUACAACUCAGUCCUGAUCAAUGAGAAGGACCAGAAAGGCAACUACGUGGAGCUGGGAGCAGAGUUUGUUCUAGAGUCUGAUGCACGCUUCAGCAACCUGAGGGUGAACGUCUCCAUGAGCAGUGUGCAGCUGCCCACCAACGUGUACAACAAAGACCCAGAUAUUUUAAAUGGAGUAUACAUGUCUGAGGCCCUGAACCCUGUGUUUGUGAAGAAUUUCCAGAGAGACCUGACACUGACCUGGCAAUAUUUUGGCAGCUCGACUGGAUUCUUCAGGAUCUAUCCAGGGAUAAAGUGGACACCAGAUGAAAAUGGAGUCAUUGCCUUUGACUGUCGAAACCGUGGCUGGUACAUACAAGCUGCCACCUCUCCCAAGGACAUAGUUAUUCUUGUAGACAUAAGUGGCAGCAUGAAGGGACUGAGGAUGGCUAUUGCCAAGCACACCAUCACCACCAUUUUGGACACUCUGGGAGAGAAUGACUUCGUGAACAUCAUUGCAUACAAUGACUACAUCCAUUACAUUGAGCCCUGCUACAAAGGCAUCCUUGUCCAGGCCGAUCGGGACAACCGAGAGCAUUUCAAGCAGCUGGUGGAUGAACUGAUGGUCAAAGGCAUGGGCAUCGUGAGCCAUGCCUUAACUGAAGCCUUUGAGAUCUUGAAGCAGUUCCAAGAGGCCAGGCAAGGAAGUCUCUGCAACCAGGCCAUCAUGCUGAUUACUGACAGGGCCGUGGAGGACUAUGAGCCUGUAUUUGAGAAGUAUAAGUGGCUGGACCAGAAGGUCCGAGUUUUCACUUAUCUUAUUGGGAGAGAAGUAACUUUUGCUGACCGCAUGAAGUGGAUUGCCUGCAACAACAAAGGCUACUACACACAGAUCUCCACACUGGCAGAUGCUCAGGAGAAUGUCAUGGAGUACCUGCAUGUGCUCAGUCGCCCCAUGGUCAUCAACCACGACCAUGACAUCAUCUGGACAGAGGCCUACAUGGACAGCAGGGUAAACCUGAUGAUGUUCACCUCGAAGGCACAGAGCCUGAUGCUCCUUACCACAGUGGCCACGCCUGUCUUCAGCAAAAAGAAUGAAACACGAUUUCAUGGCAUUCUCCUGGGCGUGGUGGGCUCUGACGUGACCCUAAGAGAGCUUUUGAAGCUGGCACCCCAUUACAAGCUCGGGGUACAUGGAUAUGCUUUUUUGAACACUAAUAACGGCUACAUCCUCUCUCAUCCUGACCUCCAACCCUUGUACAGAGAAGGCGAGAAACUAAGACCCAAACCCAACUACAACAGUGUGGACCUCUCAGAAGUGGAGUGGGCAGACCAAACGGAAACACUGAGAACAGCCAUGAUCAACAGGGAAACAGGAUCUUUCUCCAUGAAUGUGAAGGUGCCACUGGACAAAGGGAAGCGAGUUUUGUUCUUAACCAAUGACUAUUUCUUCACGGACAUCAGUGACACACCUUUCAGCUUGGGAGUGGUGCUGGCCAGGGGCCACGGAGAGCAUGUCCUUCUAGGAAACACAUCUGUGGAGGAAGGCCUACACGACUUGCUACAUCCAGAUCUAAUGCUGGCCAGCGACUGGAUCUACUACCUCACAGAUAUCGACCCAGAUCACUGGAAGCUCAGCCAGCUGGAGGCUGUGGUCCACUUCCUGACAGGGACUGAUCCAGAUCUGGAGUGUGAUGAAGAGCUGGUGUGUGAGGUACUGUUUGACACGGUGGUGACAGCCCCCAUGGAAGCCCACUGGACAGCACUGGCACUCAACAACUCAGAAGAGUUGGAGCCCGGCAUGGAUGUAGCCUUCCUGGGGACCCGGGCUGGCCUCCUCAGAAGCACCUUGUUCGUGGGCUCUGAGAAACUCUCUGACAGGAAGUUCCAGACACCUGAAGAUGAAGCCAAUAUUUUCACCAUGGACCACUUUCCCCUGUGGUACUGCCAGGCCUCUGAGCAACCUCCUGGCAGCUUUGUCUUCAACCUCCGCUGGGCAGAAGGACCAGGUAACCUACAGGGCUCCCUCCCUGCCUUCCCUCCUGACAUGCCUCAUGCCCCAUGCCAUAGCCUCCACAUAGAAUGUAGGGCUCACGUGUUCUCAUCCCCAGCCAGAAUGAUGCUCCAGCAUGGAGCAAAGGAAAGAGAUUUGACCCAAAAACCAACCAAGCUGAAUUCUAGCCCAAAUUCCAAAUAUGCGAUCAGAAGGGUUAAUCGCUAAGAGGCUUCUAGUUCUAAACAUUGGAGCACUUUUUAAAGUUCCAUAGCCACCCAGAUGGAAGUCCCAGGCUUUGCCUCAGAGGGCUUACCACAUCCAGUGGCUGCUGCGCCUCUUCCCAGGCAGAAAGAAAACAACUCUUGUCUCCACUUCCCUCAUAUUGCCCAUAAUAGAAGAUAGUUCCUGGGCCAUGAAGGAUAUGACCAAGCCCAGCCAGUAGAUUCUCACAGGCCCAGGCCAGCAGACUAGAGGGCCACACAGUUGAGGACAUCAACUCCCAGCCCUGGCCACUUCGGAAGACAUGCAGGGAGGAACAGUGGGGUUCUUCACUGAGCACCAGGGAAAUCAAAGAAUGCUGAGAACGCAUAGGGCCUGAGACUCCGUGAGUCUUUACCUCUUGGUUACCCUUGAGGAAACAGAAGCCCAGAGAGGUUGAGGGCCAUAUCUGGGGCCCAUGGUCUAAAGAGCAACAAUUAUCCACCAGAUUACUAUUAGGAGGUUGAACCCAAUCCAAAGGAGCUGGGGCUUGGACAGUACUGAUGGAUGGUAUAGGCAGGAGAUGGAGGCUGCCAGAGCAGACAUCUGAGACACAACAGCAGACUCAAGUCCAACUGGAAAGAACUACCAUUCCCCUUCAAGUUGCCCUUCUGAG